UUCCCUUCUUGUCUCAAAAACUGCACAGUGUUUUAUUAUCUGUGUGCACUGAUGCACUUAUAGGUUUUUCAUUUUUUUCAUUGUUUUGGACACACUUAAUUACUAAUUAAAAUCCAUUCCUUCUGUUAUUUUUUAAUUUUUAAUUUUUUUGUGUGUGCUGUUGGUGGUGUCUUCUCACAUCUGUGAGUGUGAUGUUCUGGUCCGGCUGCACGAUGCCCUGCGAGCUGCAGUUUUAGAGAAAGUGUAAAGUGGCACCGCGGCGACCUGUUGGAGGGUUAUGUGUGUUUCCAUCGACGCCGAGGCUUUGUGAGGCCGCCAGCAUGGACGCCGUCUCUCAGAGCCUGCAAGAUCAGAUCUCGGAGCUGCUGAGGCCGCACCGGGUUUGUGUGGUGAAGCCGGUGGCCGUGCACCAGGCCAGCCAGCCCAGGGCCAGAGCAGACAACAGGCUUCUGGUGCUGAGUCUAUGGAGAGGGUACCUGGUCAUAAACAGGAACCCUAUCAGGGUGGAGAGUUCGUUCAGCUACCUGGAGAUUUGCUCCAUCAACAUUCACAGUCACACACAGAUUGUGUUCGAGACAGACAGACAGACGUUUUCUUUCAGUGUUCUGCAGGUUGAGGACCUGGAGGCCAUGGUCAGUCAUAUGACUGCCUCACUGAAGAGGAUCUUCCCUGAUUCGUCACCAGAGAAGCUUUUGAAGAAGAUUCCUCCAGACCUGCAGGAGAGACUCUCCACACUGAGCAGUGUCGUAGAGAAGCAGCUGAAUGGCCAGUCAGCGUCCUGUGGAGGAUUCUCUGACACCUACGCUGCUCUGUGUGACUUCAAUGAGAUACCAUGUCGAGAGGAGAUUCAGUGGGAUAUUGACAACAUCUACCGUGUCCACAACUGGCGACAGUUCAAUCUGCUGGACUUUGGUCACUUAGACAGCAGGGACUUGGCACUGACAGUAGCAGCUCUGUCCUUCAACCAGUGGUUCACUAAGAUCUACUGCAGAGACUUCAGACUGUCAGCGGACGUCCAGCAGCAGCUCAUCUUCCUGCUGUCCAGAUCUCCCAGCCUGGAGGAGCUCUCACUGGAGGCCAGCGGACUCAAAGUUGACUUUGCAAUCAAAAUGGCGGCUGCCCUGCGAGAACACGCCUCCCCGACGCUGCACUCCAUCAACCUCUCAGCCAAUCAGAUCGAAGACAAAGGAGUGAUAGCUCUCAGUCUGGAGUUGGGACGACUGGCUGUGGGUCUCCAGCACCUCUCCCUCUCUAAGGUGUCCAUGUCUGCCAGAGGUCUGGGCUGCCUGUGUCAGGAGCUGUCCUCCAGUCAGGUGUUCCUCACCACUCUGACCCAUCUGGAUCUUUCUGGAAACCCUGGCAGCCUGGCCACGGAGGAGGCCACGUUUCUCUUUAGUUUCCUGUCCAGUGCGAACUCUCUAUCCCACCUGGACGUCAGCGGCACCGACUGCCCUCUGGACACGUUAUUUGUGUCUUUAUCUUCUGGAUGCUGUUCCAAACUGAUCUACCUCAACUUGGCCAAGAACCCUUUCAGUCACAGGAAGGUGCGGGAGGUGACCAGGAGUGUGCGUCAGUUCUUCAGUCAGAGCUGUGAGCUGAAAUUCGUCGGCCUGUCGGCGACCAGACUCCCUCCUCAGGCUCUCAGGUUUUUAUUACAGGGUCUGGCAACCAACACGCGGCUCUGUGGCCUGCAGCUGGACCUCAGCAGCUGCGAGCUACAGUCAGCAGGCGCCCAGGUGUUACAGGAGCACGUUUUUGAAGCCACAGCCAUAAGCAGUCUAGACAUCUCUGACAAUGGCUUUGAAAACGACAUGGUGACUCUGGUGCUGUCCAUCGGUCGCUGCCGCUCUCUGCGACACGUGGCGCUGGGGAGGAACUUCGCCAUGAAGUCCAGAGCUCUGACCGACGUGCUGCAUCGCAUCGCUCAGCUCAUUCAGGACGAGGACUGUCCCCUGCAGUCCCUGUCAGUGUGUGAUUCCAAGCUGAAAGCCGGAACGAGCAUCCUGAUCAGCUCUCUGGGCGGCGACGCCAGUCUGCUGGAACUGGACAUCAGUGGGAACGCCAUCGGGGACACCGGAGCCAAGAUGCUGGCUAAAGCCCUGCUGAGCAACACCAGGCUGCGGACUCUGGUGUGGGACAGAAACAAUGUGACUGCCAGGGGGUUCCAGGAUGUGGCUGAUGCUUUGGAGAGGAACUUCACGCUGCAGCAGGUGUCACUCCCCCUCGCCGACAUCAGCCAGAGUUACCGCGGCAACCCCGACAGGACAAAGGAGGCUCUGCACAAGAUCCAGCGGUGUCUGCAGAGAAACAACCAGCGGCAGCCUGAAGCAGCGGAGCAGCAGCAGGCCUUCAGAACGCAGCACUCUGAGAAGCUGAUCCAGGGGCUGUGCGGGCAACUGCAGGACACCCUUCAGCCUCUGACCUCCUGCAGCAUCCAGGAGGUGCAGGCGGACGUCCUGGCAGCGGAGGAGGUGCUGCACAACGCCAAGGAGUCCCUCAGGGUGCUUCCCUCUCUCUAUGAAAUAGGCAGCGCGCCCUCUGAUGGUGCAAUGGUGAACUGCAUCUUGACUGAAACUGCUACUGCACUGACUAAUGAAGUCAGUGUGUACCUGCAGGAGGUGGCCCAAGCCCUCCUGAGGUGUGCAGAGGGAGUGUGUCCACGGGUGGUCCAGCGGUCGAGUGUGUGUGAGCGUUUGACAGAGUGUGUCUCCAAGAAAAGCCGACAUGUGCUGAAAUAUCUGAAAACGGCUCUGGUAGAAAACAGCGGGAAAAUCAUCACCAACAAACUCUACGAGCUGAGGCAGUCGCUGAGCAUGUCUCUGGUGGAAAGCAUCAUAGAACAGCUGCUACAGGACCUGGCAACGGCACAGGACAAAUUGGAUCGCCACACUAAGGAGAAUCCAUGCUCUGCCCCAAGAAACAACAUCCCACAGCUGCGCCUGGUUGACAGCGACUUCCCGACCGAUGAGUAUGUUCCAGCGAUUUGGAGAAGUAGUUUCCACUGUAGGAGCUUGAGGCCUGCCCCUUCGAUCAAGAGUCUCCUGGAUGCAGACUGGGAACAGCAGAGGGAGAGAGAGAGGGGAGGGGGCGAGUUCUCUGGAGAGGAGGGAGGGGGGCGUGGCCUUCCCCGGUCGCUGAUGGCAACCCCCCUGUCAGUCACGGCCUCGAGCCCCUCCCCCUCUCCCUCCCCCUCCCCCUCUCCCUCCCCUUCCCCUUCCCCUUCCCCUCUCCCCUCCCCCUUGGGAAGGAGGAGGCGGAGGGAGGGGGAGGCGGAUGCUGCAGCAGCAGUGUCAGGAGCGAGAGGAGCAUCGUUCAUUCCUCCUCCCGAUCUCCCCCUCUUGUACUCCUCCGCUCGAGCUCCAAAGGAGGAGGCUGCCGGCCGCGGAGGCUUACCCAGACGAGAGGCUCCCUUCCCCGGCCGUGGCCCCAGCCCAGGCCCCCUCCCCGGCUCUGGAUCCCCCGCUUCCCCCAUGGAGCUUCUACCCACCCAGGGACAGACACUAAGGCACUACACCGCCUCCCGACCGCGGCCGCGACGCACACACACACAGCCCCCCUCCUCCAGGCCUCAGGAGCCGGAGGCAGAGCAUGAGGCCACUGACGGGAUGGGCAGAGUGGAUGAAGGAGUAGAGGAGUUCUUCACCAAGAAAAUCAUCCCUGAUUAUGCACUAAAAGGCCGGUGGGAGGAGUCAAACCCCGCCCAAGCCACUCCCUCAGAGUCAAGCUCCACCCUCUCAGCCCCGACCCCCUUUUCCUCUUCGUCUGACAAUAUCACCUCACCCAUCACCACUGUCACCUGUUCCUCUGUCCCAUCUAGCAACACAUCCUUCACCUCCACUAACGCUCCAUCCCCUGCCUCCUCCAUACCCCCCCCUGCCUCCACCACCACCACCACCACCACCGCCGCCCCUCCCUCCAAAAACAUCAAGAAAAAGUUUGGCGACUUCUUCGCCUUCAAGAGGGCUCGAGCCGGCCGGGCCGCCAAGGCAGGAGGGGGAGAGGGAGGAGGAGGAGAGGGGGCGAAGGUCAAAAGGACCUCCAUCGCAGACCUCAUCCGACCCCUCCGCGAGGCCAAAGAGAGGGAGAGAGAGAGGGAGAGGGAGAGGGAGAAGGAGAGAGAGAAGGAGAGAGGGACAAGGUCAGUGGACGAUGUUAAUGUUUCUAACGAUGCCGCCAUCACAGAAGGAACCGUUGCCGCCGACCACCAUCCCCCAGGCGAGCGGAGGGACAAGAUGGCGCCCGUCAUGACAGUAACCACGACGGCGCCUUCCAGUGAGGCCGCUCCCCUCUCCCCCCCCACCACCGCCCCUGACCUCACUGCCGUCCCGCUCGCCAACCCGGAGGAGGGGGUGCACCCGCCCUCGCCUCCUGUUUGGCCGGACCACGGCCCCACGAGGGCCGCCGCUGAGGCCGUGGCGUCAGCAGAGCGGGACGGGAACAGCACAGACAGGAAGGAAGGAGGGACGCCGCUCGGAGAGAGGAGGCUGAAGGUCAGCAGGAGGUCACUGAGGGAGGGCAAGAGCCAGAGCCUCAUUCUGCUGACCGGACUGGAGCCCGACGACAAGGACAGCACACACAGCAAGAAGCAUGCAUCAGAGAGCACAUUUGGAUUUGAACAGAGGCUUCAGGUGAUGCUGCAGAGAAUGGGCGUGGCCAAAACCCCACCUGCUGACACCAAGACAAGCCAGAAUAAAGAAGAGGAGCUGAGGAAGGCCAAUUCUGAGGGUGCUAUUCUGGACAAACCUGAACCUCCUCCCACUUUCAUGAAGCCCAGGACUAUGUCCACCUCAUCAGACACCAGGCGUCCCAUGCGAGUGUUGGAGCCCCUCUACCCAGACCUGCCCUUCCACCCAAAACCCGCCGUCCCCGAGCGCCCCGUCGGCCCCCUGCCACCCAAACCCGCCAUCGCCGCAAAGCCUCCCCUCCCUGCCCCGGCCACUCCUGCUGGAGAGGCAGCAGCGGGACGUCCUGUCCAGCCACACCUCCCCUCCUCCACUCCUUCUUUCACCAGCUCCUCAGCAGGGAUCCAGUCCAGACCCCCCUCACAGGACGGGAAGCUGCAGAAUGAAAUCCAGGAGGAUGCCCAGAUCACGGCCGCUGCUCCCUCCCCAAGGAGAGAAGCUGCUCCCCCCGCCCCGUCACCACGGAGGGGUCCCGGUGCCCCGGACCGCUCCGAGAAAGCACAAUCAGUCACUGACGAGAGUCUUCCUAAGCCCCACCCACGCAUGAAGCCCCUCCCACAGCGCCGAGCGGUGUCAGUCCAUGAAGACACUCUGGCCAUCACACAAGAGCUGAAGGCGGUGUUGCAGAGGUCACCCAUCCGUCUCCGGGGCAACAGAGGAGACCUGCCCACCUGCACUGAAGACCCACCCACCAGGGAGGAAGCACCUGAGGGCGACCGAGGGAAGAAGGCCAAGGAGAAAGAAGAGGAGGAGCAGGUGGAGGAGAAGGAGGAGGUCAGGAUGGAUGAGAUGAAGGCAGAGAGAGGGAGGACAGGAAGUGGGGAGAUGCCAGCCAAUUCCAGAAAACCGCCUCCAAGAGAAGGGGAAACAUUAGACCAGGCACCCCCCAUCUCAACUUCCACCACCGCUGCUCAUAGAGAACCAUCUGCAGCCCCAGCUCUUAGCCCCGGCCCUGCCUUAGAGAAAGCACCGUCCACCCAGGAGAAGCCUCCAGCCCUGACCCAAACCCUGGAAAAAUCCCCAGUGAUCCCCCUAUCUAGAGAGAAGACCCCCAGCACAACCCCAGCCCUGCCCAAAACCUCAGAAAAACCCCCACCGUGCCAAGAGACGACCCCGAGCACAACCCAGCCCCUGCACCCGACCCUGCAGAAACCCCCGGGAAUGCCCCCGUCCCGAGAGAAGAGCCCCAGCACAACACCAGCCACAGCGGACGUGGGAAACAGCACACAGGAGAGGGGGGAGACGGUCUUGAAACAGCACAUAGUAAAGGCAGAACCACCAGACCAAAGAACUGAACCCCCCCCUCUCUGAAAAACACACAUGGACUAACCCGAGGAAAGACACCGAGGAGGGAGAUGACGGAGGAACCUGUGACAUCACGGAGAUCAGAAACCGGGAGGAAGUACGCGGACUGCGACGGGAGCAUGUACGUUUCACCGCUUCAUUGGGAGAAGAUGCAGUGAAGUGGCUUUGAGAGACUGUCUGAGGCCGCGGUCCCAGGGUCAGCUCCUACAAACAGCCAAGGUGCUCAGGUGACGUGUUACCUACCUGCCCAGUCACUGUCUGCCACUGUGUGCUUACGUUGCAAUGGAGCUUUCCAUUGAACUCCCAAUUACAACAAAUAGGACUUCCAACACAGAAAAGUGCAAAGGAGGUCCAGUUAAUUAGGAACUCUGAAAGCACUGAGUUUACUGAAAUACCAACAUAUGAACGAUGGAAAACACAGUCAGUGACGCAUUUUUUCUCUGUCUGGACUUUAAUUUGAAAACAUGUUCAGCUUCAGUCUGUUGUCUUUAUCUAGCAGUGGUAUAGAUUUAGAGCAGAUGAGGACCAGCUGCAGGUAAUCUGACUUAUCCUCAUCGACUCUGGUCAGCGAGUCCUUUGCUGCCGAUAGUCAGAUCCGAUAGUCAGUUUCUGUUCUUGCCGGCGUCCACGUCAGAGGCGUGACGCUCCGCCUCAGAGGUUGGAGCGUCCGCCAGUCAAUGGAAAGCUCCAUGAGAACGUGAGCCAGGCAGAAGGGAAAUCCUCCCUGUUCACUCUCCAGAAAGGGAUGUGCUUCAUUGUACAACACGUUUGUGAGUGUAGUUCAUCAUCACGUUACGUUUCAACACAACAUAUUAAUCCGUUCAGGUUAAAGGCAUUUCAAACAUAAUCAAUGAAACUGCAUCAUUCCCAUCAUAUCAGGUGGACCACAUCUGAUUUUUUUUAAUGAAAGGCGCAUAUUUGCUCACUAACCCGUAUAUCAACAAACUGUCUGAUGCAAAAUAUUAACACAUGUUGUGUUGAAAAGUAACACAAAGAGUAUUUUCUGUAACAAACACUCAGGGUCGCUGUUGGAAAUGACACACUUUUUGUCGGAGUAGCUUCAGAGGACCCCACCCCCUCGGCCCCCAUUGGCCAACCCCCGUGUUGGGCUCCCUGUGAUGGCAAUGACCCGAGCUUCCUUCUCAUCCUGGGGGAGAGUUUAUUUUCUACCAUCAUGUCUAUCUUUGCCUUGCACGCCAGCUGGAAUAUGUACAAAAUACAUAAAGGGAACAAAAAAAAAAUUACAGAAAUUAAUAACAAAAAGUUUUAAAAAAGAGUGUAAAUCCAUACCUAUACUUGUUAAUAGUUAUUAAAGUUGAUUGAGUUGUGUCAUA